CUGGGUUCUACGAACGUAAAUCUUGCAGGACUAGUUUCGAGAGUUGUUGGGUAUUAAUACUUUCAUGGUCUUUCUGCUAGUAUUUUGAUUACUCAUUACUGUAGGUCGCUGUUAAAUUCAUACUUAUGUUGAGGGUUUCUAUUUGAAGAAGAACACUGGUCAUUGUUAAUUCGUUCACGUCCUAGUAAGUUGCCAAAUGAUGAAGUCUGCCUAGGUUUAGAAAUACAGACUCAACAGUAUCAGGCACGUCGUUGGGCAAUGCUUGGUCUUUUCGAUACGAUCGAAGUACGCAGCGGUCAGCCUUUGA